AUGCGAAUUCGCAACGCUCACUCCUUUUUUCACUCUUUGUUCUCUCGGAAUUCAUGUCGCUUCAUUCUCGCCUCCCUCCUUUGCUACCUUCUCCUUAUUCAAUACUGCCGAACUUAUAACUAUCGCGACCCAACUUCCGCCUUCUUCAAUGCCAACAAGGGUUAUGAACCUAUAUACUCCGGGUUCAGGGCAUCCAAGGCCACUGACUUUAUCCGGCACAUCGAGGCAGCCGUCAGCUCUCAGAAUACCACUACCUUCAACUCCGCAAGAGCCGGAAAUGCAAGUCUCUGUGUCGGUAUUGCCUCCAUUGCUCGGAAGGAUGUGAGCUAUAUUGAAGCAACAGUUGGGUCUUUACUUAUGGAUUUAAGCCCGCAAGAGCGUGAAGAUAUCCACCUGAUCCUAUUUAUACCCCAUGUAGAUCCGACGAUUCAUCCGUCUUUUAAAAGUAAUUGGAUAUCGGCUAUGUCAGAUAGGGUUCUACUCUAUAAUGUCACCCAAGACCAGCUUGAUCAUCUCAAGCGGCUAGAAGAAGAGGGUGGUUUAUUCAGGGAGAAGGGUUUAUUUGAUUAUGUAUAUUUGCUCAAGGCUUGUCAAGCCAUGGGAGCACCGCAUGUUAUAAUGGUAGAAGAUGAUGUUCUUGCGAUGGAUGGCUGGUACCAUCGAACCAAAGAGGCCUUGAUAGAUGCAGAAAGGCAGACUAAACAGUUAGGGACUUCAAACUAUCUAUACCUUCGGCUAUUUUAUACCCAAGGCCUUUUAGGAUGGAAUAACGAAGAAUGGCUUAUAUAUCUUAUCUCCUCCAUGGCUGUUAUUGCAGCUCUCUGGGGUAUACUUGUUACUGCCCGGUGGUACAUCCCCCGUUUAAGCAAGCAACUCUCAAAUAAGGUCAUCUUGCUUAUCUGUCUUGUCCAUGGGCCCAUCUGCAUUUUGCUCUUUUUUGCCUCAGGCCGUUUGUCAAUGCUACCAACUCAGCCUGGAGUUCACCAAAUGCCACGUUUUGGAUGUUGCUCCCAAGCUCUCGUGUUUCCACAUGACCGUGUUGCGGAUGUGAUAUCUUGGUAUGAGACGAAGAAAAUUGGAUUUGCAGAUUCUCUCCUAGAGGAAUAUGCCAAUCGCAAUAACGAGAUUAGGUGGGCACUAACUCCGAGUGUUUUCCAACAUAUUGGCGUCAAGAGCUCGAAGCAAGAUGGCUCCGGCGAUAAUGCUGCGAAAGUGAUUUGGAACUCUGAGUUUGAAUUGAAUGACCCGAUUGCACUGCAAGUUGAACAUAACGUCGCUACCCAGGCCGCGAACACUAUGAUGUGA